UAGUUGCUCCGUGGCAUGUGGGAUCUUCCCAGACCAGGGCUCAAACCCGUGUCCCCUGCAUUAGCAGGCAGAUUCUCAACCACUGUGCCACCAGGGAAGCCCUGUGGGUUUGUUUUUGUAGGCCCUUUCUUCUCUUGUGUUUCCUGCCUAGAGAAGUUCCUUUAGCAUUUGUUGUAGAGCUGGUUUGGUGGUGUUUAACUCUCUUAGCUUUUGCUUGUCUGUAAAGCUUUUGAUUUCUCCGUCGAAUCUGAAUGAGAUCUGAAUCUUGGAUGUAGUUUCUUCCCUUUCAUCACUUUAAAUAUAUCGUGCUACUCCCUUAUGGCUUGUAGACUUUCUGCUGAGAAAUCAGCUGUUAACCUUAUGGGAGUUCCCUUGUACAUUAUUUGUCAUUUUUCCCUUGUUGCUUUCAAUAAUUUUUCUUUGUCUUUAAUUUUUGUCAGUUUGAUUACUAUGUGUCUUGUCGUGUUUCUCCUUGGAUUUAUCCUGCCUGGGACUCUCUGUGCUUCCUGGACUUGGGUGGCUAUUUCCUUUCCCCUAUUAGGGAAGUUUUUGACUAUAAUCUCUUCAGAUAUUUUCUCGGGCCCUUUCUCUCUCUCUUCUCCUUCUGGGACCCCUAUAAUGCAAAUGUUGUUGCAUUUAAUGUUGUCCCAGAGUUCUCUUAGGCUAUCUUCUUUUCUUUUCAUUCUUUUUUCUUUAUUCUGUUCCACGGCAGAGAAUUCCACCAUUCUGUCUUCCAGGUCACUUCUGCCUCAGUUAUUCUGCUGUUGACUCCUUCUAGUGUAUUUUUCAUUUCAGUAAUUGUAUUGUUCAUCUCCGUUUGUUCUUUAAUUCUUCUGGGUCUUUGUUAUACAUUUCUUGCAUCUUCUCGAUCUUUGCCUCCAUUCUUUUUCUGAGGUCCUGCAUCAUCUUCACUAUCAUUAUUCUGAAUACUUUUUCUGGGAGGUUGCCUAUCUCCACUUCAUUUAGUUGUUUUUCUGGGGUUUUAUCUUGUUCCUUCAUCUGGUACAUAGCCCUCUGCCUUUUCAUCUUGUCUGUCUUUCUGUGAAUGUGGUUUUUGUUCCACAGGCUGCAGGAUUGUAGUUCUUCUUGCUUCUGCUGUCUGCCCUCUGGUGGAUGAGGCUAUCUAAGAGGCUUGUGCAAAUUUCCUGAUGGGAGGGACUGGUGGUGGGUAGAGCUGGGUGUUUCCCUGGUGGGCAGAGCUCAGUAAAACUUUAAUUCUCUUGUCUGCUGAUGGGUGGGGCUGGGUUCCCUCCCUGUUGGUUGUUUGGCCUGAGGUGACCCAACCCUGGAGCCUACCUGGGCUCUUUGGUGGGGCUAAUGGCGGACUCUGGGAGGGCUCACGCCAAGGAGUACUUCCGAGAACUUCUGCUGCCAGUGUCCUUGUCCUCACGGUGAGACACAGCCACCCGCGCCUCUGCAGGAGACCCUCCGACACUAGCAGCGCGUCCUCUGCUCCACAGCCCACGGCAGCCUCCCGCCUGCCCUCCGCUUCCGCGUUCUUGGCCUCUGUGCUAAUGGGAUUCUGGCCCCCGAGACAGAGAAUCACUGCAAUUUUGGCAGGUUGAGGAUGGAAGAACCACAAGAGAUUUUCUCCAUGAAUGAUGGCCACGCAGGUGAUAGAGUCGUGGAAAAAUACCUGGUGGAUUCCAAGAAGUCCGCAUCCCACGUUCAGCUCGCCUGCAGUGGGCAGUCCUGUGCUUUCCCCUUAGAUGGAAACGAGCUUUGUGUACGGGACACCAAGCAACCUCCUCACCAGCUGCUAAUCCUAAGAGGACACCAUCAGCCAAUCACCGCUGUGGCAUCUGGAAAUAAAGUGAGUCCGCUUCUCAUCUGUUCUGCAUCACAAGAUUAUGUCAUAAUGUGGAACCUGGAUGAAUGCAGACAGAAAGUGCUUCAAGCUCCUGUGUCUUAUCGACUCCUCCGCUGUAUUUCUGACUUGUUAAGGAAAAAAGUACUAAGCCGGCUACUCAGAAACAAUCUGGGAUCUUCAUUUAUGACCCAGCAAUCCCAGGUUUAUAAUCUUUUUGCAACCACAGCCAUUGGUGAUGGGAUAAAACUUUGGGACCUGAGAACCCUGAGGUGUGAGAGCCGUUUUGAAGGACAUCCAAAGUGCUGCUACCCGUGUGGAAUUGCUUUUAGCGCUUGCGGCCGAUAUGUGGCUUGUGCUGAGGAUACGCAUGUAGGUGCUGCUGUGGCGUAUGUGUACAGAACCAGCUCUGGCACUUUCUGCUGCAGACUGGCAGGACACGUGGACACGGUCAUGGCCGUGGCCUUCAGCCCGGCCACUGCCCAGGUGACUUCCCUGGAUUUGAAUACAUGCGUGUAGUUCUAAGCCAUAAUCCUCCAAGCCCCUUCUUCCUGGUUGUGUGGUCAGCGCUGGCCGCUCCCUGAUGG